UCGUUUGGGUUUAGCGCAGUUGCUGAGUUCCUCCGCUGUUUAAAAGGCUCGCAGCAUUGCGUUUCCCCCAACACGGAAUUGGAGCUCGGCUUUUCCUCCCCCCGAACACUUUUUAUUUUGGAAAAAAAAUAAUGUUAAUUCGCAAGUUUCUUCCAAUGCUUUUAAACUUUUAUUCACUCCUUUUUUUGUUGUGAAUAAAUGCUCAGCUGUGCGCGUAAAUCUGACCACAAGGAGUUUAUUCCAUGCGCUAUGCGCUUUGGGAUAAAUCCGCCAAUUAAAAGAAAACAUUUAAAAAGUUGCGUAAAUCCUCCAAUUUGAUCAGAUUGAGGGUUUUUGAUCCAUUUCGUGGAGAUUUUGGGUUAUAUUUUGCGCCUGCGGAGCCCUGAGUUAACAUAUGGCUCAAAGGGGAGCACAGCUGGAGGUAGCGUUUCCAUUGCGGUGAUGUCAGAGCAGCUGACUCCACAGCUUGCAGUGUAAUUAGCAAACAGAGCACCAGUUUACUCACUCUGCACUGCUCUUAUUUUUUUACUCUCCUCCUUUUCCCCCGUCCUAUCACUCCCGGAGUCGCCUGCUUGUUCUGUAAACACCCUUGUUUUGCGUUUGGAGACGCGCCGGUGCGUCAAAAAUUUUUCCAGCGUUUAUUUUGUUUUGGGGGAAUACUUAAAAACAAUUUGUAAAGUGGCAAAAAUAUGGGUUAUGAAGGAAGAAUGGAGUUCCCAGACCAUAGCCGCCAGUUGCUGCAGUGUCUGAGUCAGCAGCGUCACCAAGGUUUCCUCUGUGACUGCACUGUUCUCGUCGGGGAGGCUCGAUUCAAAGCGCACAGAGCCGUGCUGGCCUCCUGCAGCAUGUACUUCCAUCUCUUCUACAGGGAUCAGCCAGACAAAAGGGACGUUGUGCAUCUCAACAGUGACAUUGUGACAGCCCCGGCUUUCAGUCUGCUCCUUGAAUUUAUGUAUGAGGGGAAGUUGGAGUUCAGCACGCUGCCUGUGGAGGAUGUUCUGGCAGCGGCCAGUUACCUCCACAUGUACGAUAUAGUGAAGGUGUGCAAAGGCCGGCUGAAAGAUAAAGAACUCUCCCCGUUGGAUGAAAAGAUGGGCGAGGGUUUGGACAGGGAGAAUUCCUCAGAUGGCGAGCUGCACACUAAGCAGCUCAUUCAGCGACAGCUCCAGACACAGUCCCAGGGGCUCCAUAGGCCCCCCCCUGCAGAAGAGUUUGACAUGGACAACAGUGAAGUCAGGCUGGCUGUCACAGAUUGUGAUAGGUCGACACAGAGCCGGCAGCAGGCGAACGGUCACUCCGGCAGGUCCCCGGACCUUGUAGGUGUCAAUUAUGUGUCAGCAGAGGCCGAGCCCUGCGUCCAAACAGCUGGAAAAACAAAAGCUGAUGUCAGUAGUUCCACCGUACUGCUGUCCCAGAGGUCCCGGGCUUCAGAUGACAUGGACUGCGCUCUGGAUUUGUCUUUCAAGCCUCUGUCUAGCAGAGAUCCCUUACACCCCUCCUACGUCUCGGGACAGCUGGCCCUCGACAGCCAGCAGCAGGGCACAGAGCCACUUGUUAAAGACGAACACGACUUGCUGUCAGAGCAGGAGGACAGUGAGCCGAUGAGCCCCGAGAGCCAGCGCUUUGGGAAUAGUGCCAGGAGUUCAGUGGUGACAGGGUUCGCUGCCCUCUUCCCAGGCAACAACGGUGCUACAGCCGCCCUGCUCUCCCAGGAGGAGGACCUGAUGGACGAGGAGGGGGACGCCUGCCGAGGGAGGGAGGGCGCCCCAGGCAGGGAGGUGGACGGGAGGGGCAGGCUGCUGGGGGACAGCGAGGAGGAGGAGGAGGACGACCUGGCCUCUUCAGACAUCUCCACUUCCAGCGGGGUGCUCUUGCCCCCGGGGCAACAGGUGUGCGUGUGUCCCCUGUGCAGCAAAUGCUUCCCCAGCCCCCACGUCCUGCAGCUGCACCUCAGCUCGCACUUCCGGGAGAAGGACGGCGCCCGCUCCAAGCUGUCCCCCGACGGCUCCGUCCCCACGUGCAUCCAGUGCAACAAGACCUUCUCCUGCAUGUACACCCUCAAGCGUCACGAGCGCACGCACUCUGGCGAGAAGCCAUACACCUGUGGCCAGUGCGGCAAGAGCUUCCAGUACUCGCAUAACUUGAGCCGGCACGCCGUGGUCCACACACGUGAGAAGCCUCACGCCUGCAAGUGGUGCGAGCGCCGCUUCACUCAGUCCGGGGACCUCUACCGCCACAUCAGGAAAUUUCACUGUGGCCUUGUCAAGACUCUCGCCAUUGGAUAAAACCGCCUCUCACCAGUGCCAUGACCCCAGACAGAAUGUCUGUCUUUUCUUACACUGAAACAUACUACUGAUUAAUGUUUUGCUGUUAUUAUUAUUAUUAUUAUUUGUUUGUGAGAGACAAAAACCCAGCCUCCCCAUGUGGCAUUUCUCAAUUUUGAACACACAGCAGCAAAUCUCCAGCUGUCUCCUGCUCUGCACGGUGGUCAGAAGCAGUCAGGCAGGCGUGCACAGGCUGUUCAGAAUGCUGUGAAGCUCAAGCUGAAUGAUGAUGCACUUGUUUGAGUUAGAAGAAAGAAAAGAAAAGAAAAAAAAUAAGCACAUGUUUAUACGUCAAAUAAUGCUAACACGCAAUCGUCAGACUUUAUUUGUGCACAGGGGAGAUCCGAACCGUCCGUGAGUAGUAAUGUUCUAUUUUUUGAUUUAACAACUCCAUUUAUUAUAUUUAUUAUUACUUUUGUAGUUCUUAAAGUGAAAUAUCACAACGCUUACGAAGUCUGACUACUGGAAGUAUGAUUUCUUUUCAUGGAAGGUUUUAUUGUUUUGCUGUGUGUGACUAGAAGAAGCAGACCAUCGACUCUCUUUCUGUUAAUUUAUUUAAGGUUUGGGUGGAGUUGGAAGUCCUUUCUUGAUUUCCUCUGUGAGUGAACACAUUUUGAUGGGUUAAAACUUAAAAAAGAGGUCAUCAACUUAAGAAAAAAUGAAUGCCUGUGACUCUGGUACGCACUGAAACUCCUGGUGUACUUACAAAACUUUUAUUUUCUUUAUUUUUGUCAAAUUAAACAUUUAACGUGCCAGGUUUUUUGCAAAAGUAAUGAUUUAUCUUUUAAAAAAAACACACACAAAAAUGUGAACACAACAGGUAAAUCCCGUUUUUGUGUUUCAUAUUCUCAUGGAUCGUUUUUCCUAUGAUGACAAAGAUGGAAUUUAGGACAGGAGGUGGUGGAUGGUGUAAACACGGUCAUCAAACCUCAUUUCUCUGAGCGGAUGUUACUACUGAUGCUUCCUUUAAAAGAAAUCCUUCAGGCUGGAAAGACGCCUCCUUCUCUGUUCACGUAGAUGCUGUAUGGAUUCUUAUUAAGUUUAUAAUAUUUGUCUAAUCUGUCCUGAGAAGACUUGAUCAGAAUGUAUUUAUUAGUUAAACUUGGUUCAGGGUUUACUGUAGUUCUUUAAGCUGUCAUGCCUAGCGAUCUCGGUACUCAUUAACUGGUGUUGGGGCGUUUUUUUUGUUUUUUGUGCAAAUCAAGUUACUGUUAUUGUAUUUUAAUAUAUUGUUUAGAAGUUUGAACAAAAAAAAUCAACUUUUUGUCACACGAUACAUAGACAAGCACUUGUUUUUAGCAUGCAAAUAGUUUCAACACUAUUGUCUAGGCUGCUAUUUCUUACGAUUUUUGUUGUAUUUAUUGUAAAUAUAUAAUAUUUAUCAAUUUUUUUCAUGUUUCAUCAUUCAAAAGGUGUCUUAGUGUCAUGUCUUCCCCGGGGAAUCAACUUCAUAUUUUUUUUUUUCAUAUUCAAAACAUAAAUGAGCUCAAUUCAAAAUCAGAGCUGCUGGAACCGCUUCAAACUUCUGUUCUACCACAAGAAACUGUUGUUCUCAAGCACAGCCGCACCGACACGGCACAGGCUACCUAUAGAAAGGAGACAGUGGCGGCAUUGUUAGGCCUCUCUUACAAGUUCCAGGUAGUUUUCAAGGGAUCAUUGUGUAUAUCUCUCUCCUAGCGGUGGAGAGGAAAGGGACUCCGGGUCUCUCUUUGCACUUUUCUGCAUUGGACAGAGCUGCUGGAAUGUGAUAAAUGCAUUUAGCAAGGGCUGGUUUAGUUGUGAAGGCAUCAACAAACACUUUCUCGAGUUAACCACAUCGAAUAUGUUGCCGUUUUUCAUCUAGUGGCCUAUUUUGGUUUUUUUACCAAUUUUUUUUUUUUUUUUUUUUUUUUUUUUAAUUGAAGGAAAUUUUCUGACAUGAUCAGUUUUUGUCCAGUGCUGACCUUGCAAAUUUUGACCAUAAAUGAGCUUUCCCUCUUUUUUUAAUGGGAAACACUUUAAUGUGGUGCCACUGAGAACUGUUUCUAAUUCUCUAAUGUACAUUUGUACAAAGGUAGAAGGACUAACGAUGUGUAAAGACAUUUUCCUGUCAUUGUUUGCGGUCUUUAUUUAUACCUCCAGGAUGGUCACCAAAUGUGCCUUGUAGACACACAAAUAGGUGUUGCAUCUGGAGAAGCCUUUUUUUUUUCUUUUCAGAAAUAAACAUAUUUUUUCCCCCCUUAACUGGAGGGGUAAAUAAAUUAAUAUCGCAGAAACGGAGGUGUUACACUAUUCAAAAUUGCUUUUUUUUUAACGUGAAACUGUUACACUGAAAGCUCUGUUUUAGUGCUGCUUUCUAAGAGAUUACAUCAAGUUUUUUGACAAUUUCUGUGAAUAAAUAUGUUCUAGUUGUGUUCAAAUGAAGUCGUUUUUGUGUUGGCUCUUGUCAAGCCAGUGCUACUGGGAACUAACAAUUUCUUUCUUUUUUCUGUGUGUUUUUUAUUUUUUUUUUAAUUUUUCUGUCAGUGUUGAAUGUGAAACAAACGCGAUUGUGACUUGAAACAGUGCUACUCUUCGCCUGAUUCACGCUGUCCGAUCCUUCCGGUCUGAAGGCGACUGUUGAUACUGGAAAUGUUGUUGUCCACGGCAGGUUACAACUGUGAAAAUGUGUAUAACCAUGAGAGAUAUUUAUUAUUGCAAAUGCUUCUCGUGCAAAAUCUGUUUGGUUUCAAAAGACAAAAAAAAGCCUUUUUAAUAGAAUUUGUAGAAGUGCCAUUUGAAUUUAAUAUAAUUUUUUUAAUAAGAGGUAUAUUUUAUAGUAAUCAAUUGCUUCAGUGUUAGUGGUGUAGAGAUUAGAGGACAAUCUUUAUGCGGAAUUGCUUAGAUAUUGAGGCAAUUUACUUUCUGAUCUAUAACUGUAAGUGCAUUUUCUUUGCCUUUGGAGAGUGCUUGUGUGCGUGUGCUGUGGAAAUGUGACAAUCUUGAUUUAGGUCUUUAUGGAGAAUAUUCAUAGAAUUAAAUGGAACAACUUUCU